AUAUAUUUUCACUACUUUCCACCUAUUGUUGCUUAUGUUGACCAAUUUUAGCCUUUUUUAACCUAUUUUUAUCACUUUUUAUGCCAAUUUUUCCCCAUUUUAACCCAUUUUCAACACUUCCUGUCUUGUUUGACUCUGUUAACCCACUGUUGCCUCUUUUAAUCCAUUUUUUCCACUUUUAACCCUUUACUGCUCCUUUUGGAAUCCCAUAUAAUCCCCUUUUCACGCAUUUAUGCCACUUUAAACCAUUUUAAUUCUGUUUUAAGAAAAGGGGGGUCACAUUUUUAGAAAGCUACAUUCUACAGUAUAAAUAAAUAAAGAAUGUAUUUGUUUCUUUGUUAAAAGUGAUAAUUAUUCAGGUAGAAAGUAAAAUAUGGUUACCAGAGUUUAACUUUACAACAGGCCAUAAUUUUGCUGACCUCCAUGGGCCUCCAAUUUGGCUGGGACCAGAAAGCUCUCUUCUUUAUCCCCCCUCAUGGGUGGCCUUGGUCACAGUAUAGUUGAAAUGUAAAUAAGAAUUGGUAACAUAAAUAAAAUAAAAUAAAAUAGGAGGCAGAACUGAUAUUCUUUGCAGUUCAAUGGCAAGUUAAAAGUGACAUGCUUUGAUUAGUAGCAGUGAGAUAUGAUUAUUAACAUGGAAUGAAACAGAAUAAUCCAAUUUGAUAAUACAGUUUGAGCAGUAAAUACAGUAAAAGUUAAGCAUAUACAACAAGAAGUAAGCUACCUUCUAUUAAGGGGUAGGUUAUAACACUGAGUUUGAUCAGGAUGUUAAUUGUGUAACUGAAGCAAAUUAUCAUUUAUGAAAAGUCCUAAUUCAUUUUGAAGAUUUGUUAAAUUGUUUUGUAUUUCAGUGGCCAAGUCUUUGGUAAUGCCUUUUAAAAAGGACUGAAAUAGAUGAUUAUUAUGGGGCCCCUCUUGAAACCACACAACGACCCUGGGGGAACCCCGGACCCCACCUUGGGAACCACUUAUCUACAGUGAAAUAUUCCCACGGCUGGCAAGCCUAUGACAGACAGGUGGCGCUGGUUGUCAGGCUGUAAUGGGUCGGUUAGUCGGGAGGAACAGAAGUUUGUUCUGCGUUGUGUUUUUACGCAGGCGCAGUUCACUCUGUUUGCCCAGUUUCGUUGGUUGACUUUUACCUGAGAGGUAGUCUAGUUUCGGUUCGCCGGUGUGAAAAAGCGAUAACAACUACAGUGCUCCGGACCGGGCCAGAGGUUUCGGGACUUUCCUCCUCCCUCCCCGGACCCGUGUGACUCGGGAGCUCCCGCUGCAGAGCGUCGGACGGGAUUUCUCCGGGAUUUCAGAGUCGGUGCGCAACAGCGAGCAGAACAGGAGGGAAAGGCAGGUGCACGGGAGAGGACAGGGCAGGGGGAGGAGGAGGAGGAGGAGGGCUGCUUGUAUUUCCGUAACACAGUCCUGUCGUCCACACCCGGCCGAAUGAUUGGAGAUCAACUGGUUGGCUCCUGGUCGAUGUGUGUUAGUUUCAUUAGUAUGCGGCCAGAGCUGCCGACAUCCAGCCUGAGGAGUGAUCGGCAGCCCUGAAGUCUCCUCCGUGCCUGCUGAGUGACUCCUCGCCCCGUGGAGGACGAGGGGGAGGAGGCGGCAGCAGCACAAGCAGGACCCCAGCUCUACACGCUGUUGUACGGAGCAGCUUUCACGGACACGACGCGGACCUCCUCGCCUUGUGGGUCAGAAAGAUGAUGGGCUUUCUGCGCCGGACGUUCAGCCGCCGCUCCCGGAGCCGCUUUCAGACGAGAGAGAGGGACGAACGGGACGGUAAAGGGGGAGAAGGAGAGGGAGGGGGAGCAGGAGGGGUAACAGGGAACCCCCUGCUCCUGGCCCAUCAGCAGCAGGUCGUCCACGCGCCCGCCGUGGUCACUGGGGGGGCGCCGGUCCACAUCCCUGCAGCAGGGACCGCGAGGACCACUAUCACUUGCCGCGUGCUGCUGCUGGACGGCUCCGAUGUCAAUGUGGAUUUGCCUAGUAAGUGUAAAGGCCAGGAGCUUUUUGAUCAGAUCAUGUAUCACAUAGAUCUGGUUGAGACGGACUACUUUGGGUUGCAGUAUAUGGACACAGAGCAAGUCUCACACUGGCUGGAUAUGACCAAGCUUAUAAAGAAACAGAUCCGGGAUGGGCCUCCAUACAGACUGUUCUUCAGAGUGAAAUUUUACUCUUCAGAGCCAAAUAACCUGCGUGAGGAAUUUACGAGGUAUCUGUUCGUGUUGCAGCUUCGACAAGAUAUUCUGUCUGGAAAGCUGAAAUGUCCGUAUGAUGUCUCAGUGGAGCUGGCGGCAUAUUGUUUACAAAGUGAACUGGGUGACUGUGAUCCCUUGGAGCACUCUCCUGUCCUGGUGUCAGAGUUUCGCUUCGCUCCCAAACAGAGCGAGGCCAUGGAGGCGGACAUCUUUAGCAGGUGGUUGGAGCUCAGGGGACAGAGCCCAUCUCAAGCUGAGAUCUCUUUUCUCAACAAGUGCAAGUGGCUGGAGCUUUACGGAGUAGACAUGCACUUUGUAAAGGGUAGAGAUGGGGGAGAAUAUGCUCUAGGUCUCACUCCCACUGGCAUCUUAGUGUUUGAAGGCUCCAACAAAAUCGGCCUUUUCUUCUGGCCAAAAAUCACUCGGCUGGACUUUAAAAAGAGUCGGCUCACGUUGGUUGUGGUGGAGGAUGAUGACCAGGGUCGUGAGCAGGAGCACACUUUUGUGUUCCAGCUGGCCAGUGCCAAGAGCUGCAAACACCUGUGGAAGUGUGCUGUAGAGAGCCACGCCUUCUUCAGAUUACGACAACCAACCACAGGGAAGGCCGGACGCAGCGACUUCACACGGCUCGGUUCACGCUUCAGAUUCAGCGGUAAGACGGAGUAUCAGGCCACUCACGGAGGCAGACUAAGGAGAGCCAGCACGUUUGAGAGAAGGCCCAGCAAAAGAUAUCCUUCCCGCACACAGUCACUGGGCAAAGUUACCAUUUCCCCGGCGAAGCCACCACAUAUCAGCUCUCACGCCAGCCCUGAUCCCAGCCUACAUCCAUACCAGCACAACAUUCCUAUUGGUCACGAUCCGUGGCACCCACCCCACCCUGCUCUUACAACCCCAGUGUACCUGCAACCCUCUGGACACACGCCGCCACACAGUUUCCCUUUGAGCGCUCCUGCUUCAGACCAUCAGUUCAGUGUCGAAGAGAAUGAGACUUCAUAUUCAGGCAAGAUCCACCACCAUCAUCGACGCCACACACACAGCCAGGAAACGCUCUGCCACACGCACAAGAACAAGCGUCGAGCCCCUCCCUGCCCUGCAGAUGGGCUGGACAUCUCUCAGUCUUUGCUCAAGGCUCUGGAGUCAGACAACGAUUCUGCCCCCUGGCCUUCGCUGCACAUCAACAUGGACAACAAGGGAGAGGAGAAGCAGCUGUCGGAAAAAUCUCUGCAUCCUCCUGUGUCUCCGGCCAUACACACUGACCAUCUUAAGUGUAAUAUCCUUAAAGCCCAAAUGGAGGCGGCUUUUAGGAAGGAAGCUCCAACAACACCUAGAGGGAAGAACUCAAACCAGAAUCCCAAUGACAGAUAUCAGAGCUCAUCCCAAGACUCGGCUACAUCCAGUCUAACCGCAGACAAAACGCCACGCCGAAACCUUACUUCAGAGACGCUACAGCCCAAAUCCAACACAAGCACUGCCCGCAGAAAACGACUAGUCAGACAGUACAGCUUUAACCACGAAGAUGAGGAUAAUCUCCCAGAAGCACUUGCAGCCAUCUCCUCCCAAAGUACAAUGAAGUCAGGAUCUACAAGUUCAUUGGACAAACAGAUACAGCCAUCAAUAUACCCACAGGUGGAUAAUAUGCCAGCCCUGGAGCUGGGUGGUCCAUGCUGUCCCUCUCCUUCGCUCUCCCCCCACCUCUCUCCUUCUUACUAUCGUAGCUCCAUCCCUCACCUGGUCCCUUACCUUGCUGCACAUAAUGACAGCGGAGAGGAGAUGAGGUUGGACAGAGAGAAGAUAUUAAGAGCCCUGCUGAUGACGGAGCUCUGAGCCAUUGAUUGUUGACUGCUGUGACAUCUUUGCAAGGCGGUGCUGACGCCAUGUUAAAUGAGGAAACAAAGUUAUGACUCCAAUCAACAUUUGUAUAUUUACAUAAAACACUCAGCAGCGAUAAAUAUAUAUUUGCAUAAAGGACAUUGUUAUAUUUGCUUAAUGAUUAUUUAUAGGACAUUUCUUUUUACUCAAACUGAAACUGUUAAAACUAUAAGUGAGAUGAAACAAACAGACUCACAGGCUUACUGACUCUCACAUUACAGAGAAGCUACAGAUGUGACUGGUGCUGCCUGCAUGAUAAAUAUGUUACUUAAUUAAAUAUUUAUCUAAUUUGCUUUGGGAUUAUGAGCAACAAAUUGAUUUAAUCAACACUGUGUCUAUGCUAAACUGUGUUUCAGACAGCGACUGUUGAAGCAUCGAUCACUUCAUUUUAAAAUGAAUUUAAAAUGCAAGUAGACAUUUUAAUUUUAAAAAGGCUUACCUAUGUCACAGAUCCAUUUUGAGAUGCAGAAACCUUUGCAUCUUUUGAGUUUUCAGAAACCUCAUGUACAGAGCAACAUAAAAGUGAACUCUGUGUAGCUGUAGUCUCAGUCCAGCCACUAGGAGGAGACAAAUCUGCAGUCACAGCUCCUGUGGCAGCUGAACGCAUUGUUCUCAGGUUGUCUGGUCAUGGAUCACUAAGGCUUUUUUUCUCCACAGUUUUAGUCUUCACCACAGGUCAAAGGCACAACUGAUCCCAGACGAUAUUCAUUUUUGGAAAGUAGCUUAUGUUUUAGCUUUAAAAGCUUAAUUUCGGCUCAUG